AUGCCCGAAGACGAUCUCGUGGAGCUGAAGUUCCGGCUAUACGAUGGGACGGAUAUCGGUCCGAUCCGGUAUUCUGCAGCCUCGACGGUAGCAAUGCUCAAGGAGAGGAUACUCUCCGAAUGGCCCCGAGGUCAGCAUUCCGUGGUGUUUUUUCUGUCUGAUAUCAUCCUCUGAGCACCCUCCUCCCUCCCCACCGGUUUCCUCUGGAUCAAUCACAGCCUCCUCAUCCCAUCUAUUCAGGAUUUUCUCCGCCUGGUUUUCCAGUUCCAUGUCUCAAAACAUCUCCGGACCUCUGUAAUUUCUCCCAUGAUUGGGACCAUCCCGUGCUGGCUGCGGCGACCUGCCCGGCUUCGAACGCAGAAGAACUUCCAUGGAAUUCAUACCGCUGACUUUGGAGAUUUCCCUCUUUUCAGAAGAUGUUGUGAGGAUUGAAAGCUUCAGAAUUCCCUUAUGAGGAGAGAUGUCAGAAGGGCCCUGUACCUGGUAUGGGCAGCCUCUGGCAGGCUGAGAGUUCUACCUGGCUGUGGCAAGCAGGUUUAGUAGAACCGUGGUGAUGGAGAAGAGGGUGAAAGAGAGAGCAUCUUAUAGCAUUGUCCGUGACCUGCUCCAUUCGCUCAAUCUCUGGCUCCUUGGGAAAUUAGUCUACCCUCCCAGAUUUUCUCAGCAAGCGGUAACCCUGGCCCUGCCGUUGACUAAUUGGAGGAUACGGCUCACUCACAGACAGCUUAUCCAUCUCAUCGCCAUCUGUGAGUGUAUUGGAGCUUGGAGAAGUCAGCAGGAACCAGUCUUUUUGAUGAUCAAAAUUCACUAGAUCUGAGGACAUUUUUCUUCUUUUUUUGUUGGGUUUCGCCAAUUCUUUCUGCUUCGAUGUGGGCUGUUCUUGGAGAAGCAGAGCCACGUACUCUCCCGGAUCUACGCUCCUCCUCCGGUGGGCAUUGAUCUGGUGUUAUCUCUUGCCAGCAGAUGAAAAGAUUACACCGAAGGGCGCCAGCGACCUGAGAUUGAUCAGCGGGGGGAGAAUCCUGGAGAAUCACAAGACCAUUACGCAGUGCCAGAUGCCCUUCGGCGAACUGCCCGGAGGCGCCAUGACCAUGCAUGUCGUCGUCCAGCCAUCAGUGACCAGUGCAAAGACAGGUAACCACCCACCUUACGUCUCCUCUCUCUCUCUUCCUUUAAUAUCCGCAGGAUUUGAUCUGGGUCGCCUCACAAUCCCUGCCAACUGUGACUCUCUCUCUCUCUCUCCCUAUUCUCUCUCUUCUCUGUAUCUCUCUCUCUCGAUAGAUGGAUAGAAUCUUUGAUGAGUUCUCCCUCUGACAGAGGAAAGAAUUUCUGAGCCCUCCAGAAUCCUUCGUUUUCCUUGGUUUUGAUCAGAGAAGAGGGUGAAAGAGCAACCGAGGAAGGCAUCAUGCUCAUGCUGCAUAUUAUGA